AUGUCGCACGUCACGCUGCGUUCUCGUCUCCAAUUCGAGGAGGGCGACUCGAUGGUGCGGUUUGACGAAGGUGCGGGUUUGCUCGUGCUGAUCAGGCAUCGUGAGCUCGUAGCACUCGCGAUGCCUCCCGACGACGACCAGGCGCCGCAGAGGCCUCCCAUCCGGUGCGAGUCGGCAGGGCGGGUGGAGCGCAUCAGCUUCAGCCUCGACCACCAGCUCGCAGCGGUGCAGCGCUCGGCGGUCGAUCUCGACAUCUUUGACCUCGCGAGCGGCAGCACGUUUCCGUUGGCGGCGCGCUCGAGCGGCAGCAGCGGGUUGGCUGCGCGCCAUCGAGGGCGGAUCCUCGGCAGCCACUGGCCGGGCUCGGAGGCGUGCGAGCUCGCGGUCGUCACGACCGCCGGAGUCGAGCUGUACAGGGUCCUCCGCGAGCGGCGCUCGCUCAAGCUGCUCCGGCGGGUCUCGCAGCCAGUGUCGUGGUCGGUCUACUCGCACGAGACGCGGCUGAUGCUGCUGGCCGCGGGGCAGCAGGACAACCUGCUGUCCGGGCUGCAGCUCCAGCCUCGGUCCGCCGUCCGCCUGCCGCGCUUCGAGGCGCGGCACGUAAGUGUGCACCGGGUGUACGACGCGCUGUACUGCGCCCACAUUGACGAGGAGGCGCGCAAGGUCGUACUCUACGCCCUCUACCGAGACGCCGUCCUCCGCCAACACGAGCUGCCGACCCACUCGGCGCGUGCGGCGCUCAGCGUGUGCGACAACCUGCUGGUCGUGCACGCCCUCGACCAGCAGGCCCGCCUUCUCGCACCCUCGGCAGCGGUUGCCACCCUCUUCGACUUGCGCAUCAACCGCUCCUGCCCCAUCUCCGCGCCGCUGCCGCUCACGACCCUGCCCGCCGACGGCUUCAGCCCGGUCUACUCCCCGCACUGGCUCAUCGCGCCGCCCGACAAGGUGGUCGACCCGCUCGCCGGGCGCGCCGGUCGGCUGAGGCUCAACUUGCGCGCCAUCGCCGCCUCCUCCAUCGACAAGGUCUGCCUGCUCGAGUUCCUGCUGCUGCGGUCCAACCUCGUCCUCCUUGAGGUGCUGGCCGACGCGCUGAGCGAGCUCGAGCCGCUGCCCACGCUCUCCCGCAUGCGACGGCACUUGCUCGCCGCGAUGACGGCGUACUUGCACAGCCAGGUGGCCGCGGGGGCGUCCGCGGACCCGGUGUUGGGCGAGAUGCUCUUGCGGUUGCUCGCGGCGGAAGGGUCGCAUGCCCAGCUUCAGCUGCUGCUGACUCAGCGCGCCGCCCCCGCGCGGCGUAUCCUUCCCGAUUCUGUGCCGCUCGCUCUCUUCCUCUUUCAGCUCGCGCCGGCGUUUGCUCCGGCGGCCGACUUCGGGCUCGACGUUCUCAAGCGUCUCGGCGCUCCGGCGCAGGAGGCGCUGGUGGCGGAGCUGCUGCAGCAGCAGGACGUCCUCGCGGCGUGCCGUGUCAUUCGCAGUCUCCGCCUCCUCGCCUUUCCGCCUCGGCCGGUGCUAGCAGCCGCUGCGGAGUGCGGGAGCGAGGUUUUCACUGCAGUCUACUCGUUCUUUCUUCUGCGCAACGCGUCCUGCCGUGGCUCGGCGUCGUUCGCUCCAGAGGAGGCGUGCGACGAGUUCGUUGCGCGCUUCGAGGCGCUGCAGUGUGGUGCCAGGACUGGUCAUGGCGGUGGCGCCACGUGAGAGGUGGGAAUUCCAAAAACUUAGGGGACCCCUAGGCUUAAAAGGGUGGGCCCUGGGGCGCCUGCGGCUUAAACGGCUUAAAACUUGCCUAGGCAAGUUUUAAGAGCUGCUGGGCCGCCGAUUCCUUAAACGGUCUUAAACGGUC